UAGUUUAUUUCGAUAGAUAAGGAUGGAUAAGCGCGUAACGGUGCUGCUGCCUAAUGGCCGCCGUCAAAAUGUGAAUGUCUCUCCUAACAUGACUCUGCUGGAGAUCUUGGAAACAGCUAGCGCGAAACAUGGUUUCGAUAGUGAAGAACACUGUCUAAAAUUUCACAAUAAGGAAGUAAGCCUGACUCAGCAGUUUCGUUUCAGUGGUCUGCCAAACAACUGUGUGCUAGAAAUGGAGCCCACUGAAAAGCGACGCACCGUGGGAAAUGUCGUCGUUUGCAUACAACUGAGCGAUGGUUCGCGUGAGCAAGGGGAGUUCGGUCCAGGGAGUACUUUAUGGCAGGUGGUAUUGAAUCUGUGCAGUGCACAGAUGGACUCAUAUGAGAGUCCUGUUAUCAUUUACAUGCGAAGCGAGGUGAUUGGCAAAGAACAGAUGCAGCAAACAACACUUAAAUCGCUGGGAAUAUUGGAAGGCCGCGUCAUGAUGCGACUAAUUGAUAAGAAACCGGAGGAACUGAGAGUUCAGGCGAACGUGUACAAACCUCCUGUAGUAGAGUCGAAGCCAAGGGUAGAUGACGACCAACCCAGUACGUCUAGAUCGGUCAUGGGAGGCGGGGGUGGCUUUGCGCUCACAAGUAACAUGGUGAAGUCCCUCAAACGAACAGCACCGGAAGGCAAUAGCGCCGUUGAUCCUAAUACUAAUGAUAAUCAAAAAAACGAAUCGGUGGAUGAGCCGGAGCGGCCUAAAGCUGACUGGGGUAGUGGCUCAGGUUACUCGAUGCAUCAGCCGAAACAGUCUGAGCUGGACGAUGACCAGGAGGAAGUCUCGGAUCAAGCACCACCUGAGGUAAACGUAAUUGGCCCGCGUCAUGCGGUUCUCUUCUCUCUAGAUGCAUCAAAAAAGCAAAGCGAUGAACUGCCCGAUUCAUUCUUCGAUUUGACAGUUAAUGAUUUAAAAAUGGUUCUGCGUGACCUUAAACGCACCUCAUCAGGGAACGAGGACGCACCGUUGUUAACGGCCAAGUUGCGCGAACUUGAGCGGCAAAAGACCAUGUUGACCAAGUUAAAUCAAUACAAGGAUUGUGUGCUGCGCAUCCAGUUUCCCGACCGUUUCGUUUUGCAGGGCAUCUUUAAGCCCUACGAACAGCUUGAAAGAGUUGUUUCCUGGGUGCGUGAGUUUCUAGCGAACCCAGUAGAGCGGUUUCAACUCUUCACUAUACCGCCAAAAAAGGUUUUGCCCGCUGAGGAAACGCUGUUAGAGUUAAACUUUGUUCCCAACGCAGUACUGCAUUUUGCCUAUGUGGAGGAGAAUUUAAACACUGACAACCAUCGUUUUAUACAGGAUAAAUUUAUUGAUCAGUUGACGUCAGAAGAGGGCGCUCAUUAUGCAGUUAUAUUAUAUCGCACUAAAGUUUCUCCCACCUAGUUAAAUCUGGAGUUAGCGGAUGGUGGUUAUAUGUAAAUCAUUAUGAAAACAGCUUUCGUGAUAUUAAAGGAAUCCGUUUUAUAAUAAAUUAAUCAGCAGAAUUUCAAUUUCA